UUUGAUCAAUAAUGUAGAUGGUAAAGAAGUGUAUCUUUGAGCUUGAAUCUUGUCAGGAGACGACGGUUCUGAUGUGUUACUAUUCUUGACAUAGAUGGUUUGCUUUGGUCCGGGUUGGUUCUUACAGCCCCGGAGAUGUUGCCCGAAAUCAUCGACACAAUUGUCCCAAUUGAACCAAAAAGACAAGAACUUCACUUCCAGACAAUCCCUCGUAACAUAUUUAUAAUGGGUUUACUAGAAAGAAGUUCAGUUAAAUCAAGGCCGCCAUCCCCUUCCGCUCGGAAAUACUUCCUCCCUCUUUGUUAUGUUCCCUCCGAUGGAGAGUACUGUGAGCGUGAAAUCGGAGAAUGGGAGCCCGGGAAGACAGCCUCUGUACAUGGGGGAGGGAGAGGCCUCGGCCCUGAAUGGCCGGAGUGUGAAGAGGAGGCGGAGAAGUUCCGUUUCAAGAAACUGUGACGACUUAUCCCGAGAAGUUAAGCAUGAGCAGGAGGAGCAGCAGCAGCAGGGUGAUGGAAAUAAGUCUGCUGCUACCACCGUGAAGAGAAGUUCGAGGUUCCGAGGAGUUAGCAGACACCGAUGGACGGGACGGUUCGAAGCUCAUUUGUGGGACAAAGGCUCUUGGAACCCAACACAGAGGAAGAAGGGGAAACAAGUUUAUCUCGGAGCCUAUGAUGAGGAAGAAUCAGCAGCUCGAGCAUACGAUUUGGCCGCUGUCAAGUACUGGGGAACUUCGACUUUCACUAAUUUCCCAAUAUCUGAUUAUGAGACGGAGAUCGAGAUAAUGAACACACUGACAAGAGAAGAGCAUUUAGCAUCCUUGAGAAGAAGAAGCAGUGGGUUCUCAAGAGGCGUAUCCAAGUAUCGGGGAGUUGCAAGGCACCAUCACAAUGGGAGAUGGGAAGCAAGAAUAGGGAGAGUUUACGGGAACAGGUACCUCUACCUUGGCACUUACAGUACACAGGAGGAGGCUGCUCGGGCUUAUGAUAUUGCUGCCAUCGAGUACCGAGGGAUGAAUGCAGUGACCAAUUUCGACCUAAGCUCGUACAUCAGAUGGCUAAGGCCGAGUCCGACUGAAUCCAAUGCUAUCCCCCAGUUAAGCAUGGCCAUGGACACUACGCAGCUUUCUUCUUCGAGUCUCAUCCCUAGAGAAGAGGCGGGGCUGCCAUUCUUGGGUUCCAACCCUUAUGGAUCUUUCACCAUGAGAAAUGAAGGCAUGAAGGGGCCUCUGCCAUUUGGUCAUACGACUAAGCCAUCUGCAUCAUCUUCUUCCCCGAGUGCUCUCGGGCUGUUAUUCAGGUCAUCGGUUUUUAGAGAACUCAUGGAGAAGAAUAUGAAUGCCAAUGAGGAAGAUGAUUCUCUGAAUCCUGCAAAGAGCCAAAUGGAAUUGAAAGGAACUGACGGUCUUCCAGGGCAUUCUUUGCCCUUCACGUUUUCAUCUUACGGGGAAGCCUUGCCCUAGACAUGGAAUCACAAGGGAAUGUGUUGCC